UCGGCUGGAUCCGAAGUGACUAAUGAAGGGAAGGAAAUCAUGUCUGGCGAAGCCUUGAAAAAGCUGCCCUGAGACACUGCCCGGCCGAAAGAAUGUUGGCUCAAUUAAGAAACAUCAGGGAGAUAAAUUCAGCCCAGUGUGUCUAAAAAUGACUACAAAACGAAGUUUGCUAGUGCGGUUGGUACCAUGUCGUUGUCUACGAGGAGAAGAGGAGACUGUCACUACUCUUGAUUAUUCUCAUUGCAGUUUGGAACAGGUUCCCAAAGAGAUUUUUACUUUUGAAAAAACUUUGGAGGAGCUCUACUUAGAUGCUAAUCAGAUUGAAGAGCUUCCAAAGCAACUUUUUAACUGUCAGUCUCUACACAAACUCAGUUUGCCAGAUAAUGAUUUAACAACAUUACCAGCAUCUAUUGCAAAUCUCAUUAAUCUCAGGGAACUGGAUGUCAGCAAGAAUGGAAUACAGGAGUUUCCAGAAAAUAUAAAAAAUUGUAAAGUUUUGACAGUCGUGGAGGCCAGUGUAAAUCCUAUUUCCAAGCUUCCUGAUGGAUUUUCUCAGCUGUUAAACCUAACCCAGUUAUAUCUGAAUGACGCUUUCCUUGAGUUCUUGCCAGCUAAUUUUGGCAGAUUAACUAAACUCCAGAUAUUAGAACUGAGAGAAAACCAGCUGAAAAUGUUGCCAAAAACCAUGAAUAGACUGACCCAGCUGGAAAGACUGGACUUGGGAAGCAAUGAGUUCACAGAGGUGCCUGAAGUACUUGAGCAGCUAAGUGGAUUGAAAGAAUUUUGGAUGGAUGGCAAUAGACUGACUUUUAUUCCAGGGUUUAUCGGUAGUUUGAAACAGCUCACAUAUUUGGACGUUUCUAAAAAUAAUAUUGAAAUGGUUGAAGAAGGAAUUUCAGCAUGUGAAAACCUUCAAGACCUCCUAUUAUCAAGCAAUUCACUUCAACAACUGCCUGAGACUAUUGGUUCAUUGAAGAAUGUAACAACUCUUAAAAUAGAUGAAAAUCAGUUAAUGUAUCUACCAGACUCUAUAGGAGGGUUAGUAUCAAUAGAAGAACUGGAUUGUAGCUUCAAUGAACUUGAAGCUUUGCCUUCAUCUGUUGGGCAGCUUACUAAUAUAAGAACCUUUGCUGCAGAUCAUAAUUACUUACAACAGUUACCCCCAGAGAUUGGAAGCUGGAAAAAUAUAACUGUGCUGUUUCUCCAUUCCAAUAAACUUGAGACACUUCCAGAGGAAAUGGGGGAUAUGCAAAAAUUAAAAGUUAUUAAUUUGAGUGACAAUAGAUUAAAAAAUUUGCCCUUUAGCUUUACAAAGCUACAGCAAUUGACUGCUAUGUGGCUCUCAGAUAAUCAGUCCAAACCCCUGAUACCUCUUCAAAAAGAGACUGAUUCAGAGACCCAGAAAAUGGUGCUUACUAACUACAUGUUCCCUCAGCAGCCAAGGACUGAGGAUGUUAUGUUUAUAUCAGAUAAUGAAAGUUUUAAUCCAUCAUUGUGGGAGGAACAAAGAAAACAGCGGGCUCAAGUGGCAUUUGAAUGUGAUGAAGACAAAGAUGAGAGGGAGGCACCUCCCAGAGAGGGAAAUUUAAAGAGAUAUCCAACACCAUACCCAGAUGAGCUUAAGAAUAUGGUCAAAACUGUUCAAACCAUUGUACAUAGAUUAAAAGAUGAAGAGACUAACGAAGACUCUGGAAAAGAUUUGAAACCACAUGAAGAUCAGCAAGUUGUAAAUAAUGAUGUGGGUGUGAAGGUAACUUCAGAAAGUACUACUCCAGUAAGAAGCAAAGCUGAUGAAAGAGAAAAGUAUAUGAUAGGAAAUUCUAUACAAAAGGCCAGUGAACCUGAAGCUGAGGUCAGUCCUGGGAAUCUACCAGUGAAUGCAAAUAUGAAAGCCUCUGAGAACUUGAAGCAUAUUGUGAACCAUGAUGAUGUUUUUGAGGAAUCUGAAGAACUUUCUUCUGAUGAAGAGAUGAAAAUGGCAGAGAUGCGACCACCAUUAAUUGAAACCUCUAUUAACCAGCCCAAAGUGGUAGCACUUAGUAAUAACAAAAAAGAUGAUACAAAGGAUACAGAUUCUUUAUCAGAUGAAGUUACACACAAUAGCAAUCAGAAUAACAGCAACUGUUCUUCUCCAUCUCGGAUGUCUGAUUCAGUUUCUCUUAAUACUGAUAGUAGUCAAGAUACCUCACUCUGCUCUCCAGUGAAACAAACUCAUAUUGGUAUUAAUUCCAAAAUCAGGCAAGAAGAUGAAAAUUUUAACAGCCUUUUACAAAAUGGAGAUAUUUUGAAUCAUUCAACAGAGGAAAAAAUCAAGGUUCCUGAUAAAAAAGAUUUUAACUUACCUCAGUAUGAUUUGAAUAUUGAAGAGCAAUUAGUUCUUAUUGAAAAAGGUGUUGACUCAACAUCCACAUCUGAUGAGUCUCACAAAUUAGACCAUAUCAAUAUGAAUCUUAAUAAACUGGUAACUAAUGAUACAUUUCAACCAGAGAUAAUGGAAAGAUCAAAGACACAGGAGACAGUGCUUGGAAUGGGUUUUUUAAGCAAUAAUGCUAAAGGAGAAGCUGAGCACUUGGAAAAUGGAAACAAGUAUCCUAAUGUUGAAUGCAUAAAUAAGGUUAAUGGACAUUCUGAGGAAAGGCCACAGUCUCCUAGGAGGACUGAACCACAUGACACCGAUUCUUCUGUUGAUGUGGGUCUUUCCAAAAGCAUUGAAGAUCUCUCCCCUCAGAGAAGUGGGCCAGUUGGAUCUGUUGUGAAAUCUCAUAGCAUAACUAAUAUGGAGACUGGAGGGCUAAAAAUCUAUGACAUUCUUAGUAAUAAUGGACCUCAGCAGGCAAGUGCAACAGUUAAAGUAGCAUCUACUAUUGAUGGAAAAAAUAUAGUCAGGAGCAAGUCAGCUACGCUUUUGUAUGAUCAACCACUGCAGGUAUUUACUGGUUCUUCUUCAUCUUCUGAUUUGGUAUCUGGUACAAAGGCAAUUUUCAAGUUUGACUCAAAUCAUAAUCCUGAAGAACCAAAUAUAAUAAGAGGCCCAACAACAAGUGGCCCACAGUCUACGCCUCAAAUGUAUGGUCUCCCACAGUAUAAUGUCCAGUACAGUAGCAGUGCUGCAGUCAAGGACUCUUUGUGGCACUCCAAACAAAAUCCCCAAGUAGAUCAUGUCAGUUUUCCUCCUCAGCGCUUUCCUAGAUCAGAGAGUGCAGAAAAUCACAGUUAUGCUAAACAUUCUGCCAAUAUGAAUUUCUCUAAUCAUAACAACGUUCGAGCUAAUAUUGGAUACCAUUUACAUCAGAGACUUGGUCCAGGAAGACAUGGGGAAAUGUGGGCCAUCUCGCCAAAUGACCGACUUAUUCCUGGAGCAACUCGAACUACGAUUCAGCGACAGAGUAGUGUAUCCUCUACGGCCUCCAUAAAUCUUGGUGAGCCAGGUCCCACGAGGCGGGCCCAAGUUCCUGAAGGAGAUUAUUUAUCAUACAGAGAGUUACAUUCAGUGGGAAGAACUCCUCCAAUGAUGUCAGGGUCACAGAGACCUCUUUCUGCACGAACAUACAGCAUUGAUGGUCCAAAUGCAUCAAGGCCUCAGAGUGCUCGACCCUCUGUUAGUGAAAUACCAGAGAGAACUAUGUCAGUUAGUGAUUUCAAUUAUUCACGGACUAGUCCUUCAAAAAGACCAAAUGCAAGGGUUGGUUCUGAGCAUUCAUUAUUAGAUCCUCCAGGAAAAAGUAAAGUUCCUCAUGAUUGGCGAGAACAAGUACUGCGACACAUCGAGGCCAAAAAGUUAGAAAAGAGCAUGCUGUCAAGGUCCUUUAAUUCCAAUUUUACUGCUGUAAGCAACUUUCACUAUGGCAGCUCUAGGGAUCUGCAUGGCAGCCAAGGCAGUCUUGCCUUGAGUAUUGCAGACGGAAGAGGUUCUGGUGGGCACAUUUUUCGACAUCCCCAGACAUCCUGUCCAGGAGAUCCUUGCCAAGAUGAUAUAUUCAUUUCAGGACAGCAGAACUACCCAUCAGCUACACUUAGUCACAAAGAUGUUCUUCCAGACAGCUUGAUGAAAAUGCCUUUGAGUAAUGGACAGAUGGGCCAGCCUCUCAGGCCUCAGGCAAAUUAUAGUCAAAUACAUCACCCCCUUCCUCAGGCAUCUGUGGCAAGGCAUCCCUCUAGAGAACAACUAAUUGAUUACUUGAUGCUGAAAGUGGCCCACCAGCCUCCAUACACACAGCCCCAUUGUUCUCCUAGACAAGGCCAUGAACUGGCAAGGCAAGAGAUUCGAGUGAGAGUUGAAAAGGAUCCAGAACUUGGAUUUAGCAUAUCAGGAGGGGUUGGGGGAAGAGGAAACCCGUUCAGACCUGAUGAUGAUGGUAUAUUUGUAACAAGGGUACAGCCUGAAGGACCAGCAUCAAAAUUAUUGCAACCAGGUGAUAAAAUUAUUCAGGCUAAUGGCUACAGUUUUAUCAAUAUUGAACAUGGACAAGCAGUGUCCUUGCUAAAAACUUUCCAGAACACAGUAGAACUCAUCAUUGUACGAGAGGUUUCCUCAUAAGAGCUGUGGACUAAAAAAUGGAGACAGCAAGAUUUAUUGGAAGAUACUUGCAGGGGAAGUUAAUAUUUUGACUAUUUUUAUAUAUAAAGAAGAACUCAAAAAAUUAUGUUCAAAUUUGUACAUUAAUGAAAUAAUGGAACUUGUGGUUAGAGGGAAAGAACCACUGUACAGUAUAUAGGGGAGACUAUUGAAUUCAUACCAUAUAAAACUUCUUGUUAGGUUUUUAAACAUAGCAAUCAAGGCUACAAAAACAAAUGUAUGUUGUUUUUGUAUAGAGUGUAGGUUUAUUUUUGGAUUUCAUACACAUGAUUGAACUCUGUGCAAGGCUCUAGUUAGCCUUGAUUGUAGCCUAGAGACAGAUGGCAGAGCUAUCUAUCUCAUAGCUUUUAUGCCCUUAUUUUUAUUCAACUGGUAUUAAUGUUUUUCUGCUGAAACUUUUUUUUAAUGUGGGCAAGAGAUUUGAAGUGUUGGCUUUUGCUAUGUGCAUAUUGAAUUGAAGAGUGAGUAGGUGAAGGUGGUGCUGGUGGGUUCACUUUCCAAGGCCAGAUUGAACAGUUAUUUCCUAUAAAAAUCUGGAAGCAAAGAAUGAAAAAUCGGCUGUUAAUGUGUUUUUAUUAAUAGAAUAAUGCAAUAAAAAAUGUGAUGUCUUUUUAAAGAAAUAAAAAAGACAAUAAUUGCAUUGUAUGAGCUCUAUAGGAUCUGUUCUUGUCAUAGCCAUUGACUAUACAUUUACUACUAGUGAAUCACUUUUCAAGUUUUUAGUCACAGGAGAUUUUUAACUGUGCUGUAGAUGCAUGUCCGUGCAUCUUUUCUUUUUUCUCUUUUCUUUUCUCUUCUCUUCUCUUCUCUUCUCUUCUCUUCUCUUCUCUUCUCUUCUCUUCUCUUCUCCCUCUCUCUUUCUGCCUGCCUGCCUGGCUUCUCUCCUUCCUUCCUUCCUUCUUUCCUUCCUUCCUUCCUUCCUUCCUUCCUUCCUUCCUUCCUUCCUUCCUUCCUUUUCGUCUGUGCAUUUUCUGUGAUGCAGAAAUCCCUUGAUUUUUUUUGCCAGUGGUGGUACUUGCAAUCUGUUUUAUAAUUAGUACUCCAUUUUAAUCUUAAUUUAUAAUUUUUAUUUUAAGCAACAAAUGAAACUAAAAUGGCCAGUUUUAAGAUUGUGUUGCUGUAACACAAAAUAUGAGAAGAUUUAGGAAAGCCUCUUGAUUUUGUUUGGCCUCACAUUGCCUUGGUAAAGUAAAAGGAAACAGUACGCAUGGAGCUAGGAAACCAAAGCAAGUUUGUGAAACUGGCACAGUGAUAGAGAAUUGCUGUGGAGAGUUGUAGAGCAAAGGAAUGGGUCCUAGAGGCCUACCAGUGUGUAAUGGUGUUCAAAUAAAGGGCUGUUCCUACAGGUAACAUUAAAUGUGAACUCGACACUUCAGAGUCUUUAAAGGGUUUCUAAGUGUAUCAGUGUAAUAGUGUUUUACCACCAACUGCCUUUGUUCCUAGUUAAUGUAACAAUUACUUGAUAGAGGUUUAUUAAUUUUGUUCAGACCAUUAAUUUUAUUUGUUUUUUGUUCUGUCUAUGUAAUCAAAUAAAAUUUGAGUAACAUGCAAUGGUAAGAAUUAAUGCACGGUUAUUUGGACCAGAAAAAAGUGCCAGAGAAGACCAAUAACUGUUUUUAGUCGAGGCUAGUCUGAAGCCUUUCAUUAGAGCAAUAUUCAGUUAUUGCAAUUCAUUUUUAAUUACUAAGAAAUAUAAUUUUGGAAUUUUUAAUCUGUUAUGCUUUGUUCUUCAACCUUGUUUUAAGGUUAAGUCUUUUAUAGGACUAGCAAAAACAGCAAGCUACAUUAUUUUUGCAAAAGUGAGUUGGACUCGUUUGUUUCUUGCUAGUCAGAGUAAAUAGGCAGUACUUUUAAAAAGAUGUGAACUCCAAUACUGCACUUCUUUCAAGAUGUUAUCAAUUGAAUUGGUUAUUGUACUGUAUAGUUUUAAUAAUAUUGAUUGAAACCCUUUAACAACUCUUUGUAAAUUUUAACUCAUUUUAGUUGAUUUUCAGUACUAUUUACAUAGAAAUUGAUUUUUAUGGAUAUAGUAGAAAAAAUGUGCUGUAUUUUGAUAAAAUUCAUUUAUUGUAUGUGUGUUGUAAUCUCUAAAAAAAUGACAAACAGCUUCUU